GAUCCUUAGCAAGGGAGUAAGAGCUCAAAGAGGAAAAGAGAAUGGAGAAAGGAUAGUGGACUCAGUGGGAAGGUGAAGUCUUCGGGUGAGAGAUAAGGGGCCGCGAUAUAAUAAGGAAGGGACUUCCUGCUAGGGACCCAUUGAGAGAAAGGCCAGGCUCAACGACGGGCGGGGGCUCAGAGAAAAGCUCCUGCUCCGGCUCGGCAGAGACAGCAGGCAGAGAGGGAUCCACGAUGCCGAGCUGUGACCGUUCCUGUGGCUGUAGCCGUGGCCCCAAUGUGGAAGAUGGCAAGUGGUAUGGGGUCCGCUCCUAUCUGCACCUCUUCUACGAGGACUGUGCAAGUACCACCCUCAGUGAUGACCCUGAGGGGCCCCCGGUUCUGUGCCCCCGCCGGCCCUGGCCCUCACUGUGCUGGAAGAUCAGCCUGUCCUUGGGGACCCUGCUUCUGCUGCUGGGUGUGGCAGCCCUGACCACUGGCUAUGCGGUGCCCCCCAAGCUGGAGGGUAUUGGAGAGGGUGAGUUCCUGGUUUUGGAUCAGCGGGCAGCCGACUACAACCAGGCCCUAGGCACCUGCCGCCUGGCAGGCACAGCACUCUGUGUGGCAGCCGGGGUCUUGCUGGCCAUCUGCCUGUUCUGGGCCAUGACUGGCUGGCUGAGUCAGGACAUCAAGGCAGAACCCUUGGACACUGAAGCUGACGGUCAUGUGGAGGUCUUCGGGGAUGAGUCAGAGCAGCAGCUGUCCCCCAUCUUCCACGAUGUCAGCGGCCAGUCUUGGUUCUCACCGCCUGCCAGCCCGUUUGGGCAAUCUUCUGUGCAGACCAUCCAGCCCAAGCGGGACUCUUGAGCUGUCCACAUGGCCAGAGGAGGCACCAGCCCUGGAGUCUGGAGGCUUCCUCCUCCCCACCACACCCCAGCCUCCCACUGUCUCCUUAACUUUGCCCUUUCAACAGGGUCCCUUCUGUCUAAGCCCCCAGAAGGCUCAACUCCAGGUCAGAAAGUCGGGCUCACAUCUGUGUGCUCAUUCUCAGGGGGUAGGGCCUCAACUCAUUCAAGAUGCCAACCUUCCUCAAGUCCACCCAACACUUCCCACCCACCCUUCUAUCCCCAGACACUCCAGGGACAGAAAGCAUUUCCCUCAACCUGUCCCCACUCUUUCCAAUGUGUGACCAUGGCCAAGCCCCUUGCCCUUUCAGAUCACCAGUUUCUGCCUCUGUACUAUAAGGGGUUUGGACCAGAUUCUCGAGUUCCAUGAGUUUUUUGAUUCUCCCUAGGAUGUAUUACACUCUAUAGGCACAGAUGAGGGCAGUGGGGUAGUGGGGUCAUUCUCAUCCAUCGACCCCUCCCUCUGUCAGCUGUACCAGGAUGCAUCAGGAUGGGUCAAAGAUACUGGAAUUUCUGUCCAGGAUGGUAUGAAAACACUUACCCUCUAGAGCAGGGAUGUCCAAACUUUUUUCAAUGGUUUUCACCAAGGGCCGUAUGCGGUAAAAUACACAAACAGACGGGCCACUCACUCAAGGUGAAAUACGUAUUGCCUCACCUGGUUUAUUUAAGUAAACUAAAUAUAUUUUUGGAAUUUGUUGCGGGCCAAUUAACAAUGCAUCAUGGGCCGCAGUUGGCCCGCGGGCCGCAGUUUGUAAACCCCUGCUCUAGAGUAUGUUUUCUACAUGCAUUUCGGCAUCAGAGCUGCUCUGUCCACCCCAUCCCGGGCUAUUACUAGCCCCAGGGUACAGAUGAGGUGGCUGAGGGAGGCUGGCAGUCUGCAGGAACUCUGACCCAAUCCUCAGACUCCUGGGCCAGCUCUUGUUCAACAGCUGGAGCAGGGUUCCCACACCUUCCUGGCUUCCAGGGGACUUCCAGGGGUUGGGGACAGGCUGGGCCCAGAGAGAUUUGCUGGAGUCCUAAUGGUUCCAGGUGGCUCAGAAAAUACUUUGGACAUGCAUUUAAAUGGUCUCUAAGAGCCAGGGGGCAGGAGAACUGGGAUGUCUUUGUCCCUCAAAGUCCCCCACCUAGAAACCGUUACCCACAGGUAACGCAUCAUCUCUGUUCUCUGCCACUAGGGGGAGCUCCAAGACAGCUGGAGAGAGACGCUUAUGGCCCCGCCCCUACCCUCCCUACUCAAUCUCACCGCCAGCCUUGAGGGGCCUCCUGGGGGGAGUCCUCAGUCCUCCCCAGGCCCUACUGCCCUUGUGCCCCAGGCCACCUCCCCAUCCCGCACCCCUUCCAUCCCACCUUCCCUUUCAA